AUGUUGAAACGUAAGGAUGCUCCCGAUGACAACAGUCAAGAUAGCAAAAAGCAAAAAACUAUUACCUCAAAACAAGUUUUUCUUACGUCUUGGAUUAAACAACCAUCUACUGGGGAAGUAGUAACUAAAGCCACCGGAAAAAUGAGUGAAGAAAUGAAAAAGUUGUUACGAAUAGAACUUGAAACCAUGGAUGGCGAGUGGUUGAAAGUAUUAAUGAACGAAAUACAAAAGCCAUAUUUUGUUGAGUUGAAAAAAUUUCUCGAUACCGAAAAAUCGAAUAAUAAGAAAAUAUUCCCUCCUGAGUCCCAAAUUUACAGCUGGUCAAGAUUUACGCCUCCUUCUACCGUCAAGGUUGUGAUUUUGGGACAAGAUCCAUAUCAUAACGAUGGGCAAGCUCAUGGUUUAUGCUUCAGCGUUCCACAUAACGUUCCACCACCACCAUCACUUAUCAAUAUAUAUAAAGGCUUGAAAAAUGAUAUCCCAACGUUUCAGACACCGAAACACGGGUAUCUUGCCAAUUGGUCUAAAUCUGGAGUUCUGCUUUUGAACACGUCACUUACAGUACGCGCACAUGAGCCAGCAAGCCAUAGUGGUAAAGGUUGGGAAAAAUUUACCGAUGCCGUAAUUCAAUAUCUAAAUGAGAAAAAAACCGGAUUAGUAUUUAUGCUUUGGGGUAGUCAUGCGAUUAAAAAGGGCAAAGUCAUCAAUAAGACACGACAUCUUGUUUUGGAGGCAGUACAUCCUUCUCCAUUAUCGGCACAACGUGGAUUUUUCGAUUGUCGUCAUUGGUCAAAAGCCAAUAAAUAUUUGAAGGAUCAUGGUCGUGAGGAGAUAGAAUGGAAUUGUUUAGUAGAAAAUAAGGAUUUACCUACUCCAAGUAAUGUAACUUCAGCAAUUCAACGGGACUCAACCAAUGUAGUCGAAGUUUGCGACAAGUAA